CUAGAGUGUGUGUGCGUGUGUGUGUCAGGUGUCAGUGAAGAGAUGAUGCAUGUAAGGGUGGAAUGGUGAAGGAUGCUGUCAUAACACUCCUCAUGAUGUUUGGUGCACGUACAGACAACACGCACAUCUGAGCACCGUUGGCCAUGCUGUGGAUGCGAGCCAUAACACCCCGUGGGCGGCGGGUGUACCUGGCAGCGGCAACAGCCCUGUGCCUGGCCUCUGCAACCCUCCUGGUACUGCGGUCCUGGGCUGCACGGCUGUCUCUCCCCACCCUGGACUUGACAGAGCAGCAGUACCAGGCAAACAACCACUACUUGGACUCCAGCUACCUGCGCUAUUCCAAGCAAGAGCGGGAACAGCGCAUUGAGAAGGAGAGUGCCAAGAAGAUCACCUGGCUAGUUCAGGUGUCAGAUCUCCACCUCCGGACCGGUGCGGCUGAUGAGGUACAACACUUUCAGGAGUUUGUGGAUGAUGUCAUUAUGCUGCUGAGGCCUCCUGCUGUGCUGGUGACAGGUGACUUGACCAACAGCAAAACCUUUGGAGUGAAGCUUGCACAGUUGCCGCAGGAAUGGGAUUUGUACCAGCGUUCAGUGAAGGAUCGUCUGACGCUGCACAACACCACACACUGGCUUGACCUUCCAGGGAACCAUGACAACUUUGAUGAGGUGCAACACUCCCACUUCAAGGCCCACGCAAUACAGUCACACCUCGGCGACCCCAAACGUAGGCUUGGCACGACGGUCCCUGGCAGUGAUGGACACAAUGUCACCCUACUCCCCAUCGAUGCCUCACUCAUGCCAGGCAUCAGGGCCUUCAACUUCCUGGGCUACCUCUCAGAACAGGAGUACUCCAGGAUCCAGGAGGCUGCUAUCAAGGCACGUGCAAAGGGUGAGGUGGUGGUGUUUUAUGGCCAUUACCCAAGUAACAGCAUUGUGUCACCUAGGGAUGUGAAGAAGCUCCUCUCCCUUGGUGUGGCUUACCUGUGUGGCCACCUGCACACCGCCUUUGGCUUCCUGGACCCCAUGUGGACCAGACACUCCUCUGGCCUGCUGGAGGUGGAGCUGGCAGACUGGUAUCGGAAUCAUAGAUUCCGCAUCUUAUCUGUGGACAAUGACCGAGUGAACUGGGUGGAUGUGGUGCACCCUUCCUGGCCAGUGGUGAUGGUAGCUCGGGUGCAGCGCUACACCAUGGGCCACGGUGCCUUCAGAUACAUGUUGAAGCUGCUGGUGUUCAGUAACGAGGAGGUGCUCUCUGUGUCAGUGAGGGUGGACGACAACCUGGGCCACUGGAUCACAUGUCAACACAGGUCCGGGCCGCUCUACACCGCCACUGUGGACAUCCAGCUGGAGGCAUGGGACCCACAGAUCUCUGAAAAGGACUUUGUCAAAACACUGCAGGUACUGGUUGGUAACACAUCUGGCAGCAAGUCUCUCCUGAGGGUGGGGAUGGAUGGCACUGGGUUUGAGCGUCCCCAGCCGUCCUUCCUGGCCACUUCCCUCCUCUCUGUCAACUUUCAUGACAUGUUCCUGUUUGUGUAUGUGAUGGGCAUCGGGUCAUGCUGUCUGCUGCUGUGUUGCUGCUGCCUCCUGCUGGUGAUGGUGAGGAAGCAAGUGAGGUGUGUUCAGAUGCUACCCAAGAAGUUGAUCAACAUUGCAUCCAGUCUGAGUCAUAAGCAGCUUGUGUUCACCCUCCUCCUGGUCUUCCUCCUCUACCCCAGCAUAGGUCCAUGGUACAUUGGGCCGCUGGCAAGAGAAGAGUUUGGUGCGGUGUUCAUGUGGGGAAUAUUCGUAGAGUCCUCAACACUUCCUGGCCAACUCACCUACCCUGAUGCAUUCUUCCUGUGGCUUACAUUGCAACUUCCUGUCUUUGCCAUCAUCUUCUGAAAAAAAUGCUGAGCUACGAGUCCGCCCGGCACCGGUGUGGCAAGUGGCUGGUGUUGGGGAUGGGGGUCACUUUGGCAGGACAGGUUCCUGGGAUUCUGGCCUGGCUUAUCCUCGACUCCAUCCUCCUGAAUGGCCCACUGCGACUCCUCCUCUCACUCCUUGCCAUUGUCCUCUGGAAGCUCUGAAAGGGACAUCUGCAGGAAGUGAGAAAAAAAGUGACGAUUGCAAGAAGAGUAAAGGAGAUAUUGUAAGAGAAUAAAGGAGACAGAACAGUGAAGGAAAGGGGAGAAAAAAAAGUGACAAUUGCAAGAAAAGUAAAGGAAAUAUUGUAAGGGAAUAAAGGAGACAGAACAGUGAAGGAAUAUGGUAAAAGGGGAGCAGCAGAAAUUAAAUGUUUUUGAUAAGAAGGACAUUGGUUAGCAAGUGAAGAAGGAUUAAAAGAGGUGUUGAUCUGUGGAAGGGAAAAGUGAGAAGAGAGGAAAUUUGAAGAUAUUAAAAACAAAUUGAAAAGACAAAUGAUGAAGAGGAGGUCAAAAGAUAAAAGAUAAAAUGGCAGAGAAAUUUGACUUAAAAUUAGAGAAGAAGAAUUAGUAAAAUGAUUAGUUGAAUAUGAAUUAGCAGAUUUAGAAAGGAAAAGGAGAAAAAUGAGAUGAAGAAGAGUUUGUGGGUGAUGAAAAACAGAGAAGAAAGAGGAAGGAAACAAAAUAUAGCACAACAAAUACUGAGAGAAAAGUGUGGAGCAGAGGAGAAAGUAUGAAAAGAGGGAGAUGCUACAAGAAUAUAAGAAUGAACAGGAGACAAAGGAAAAAAGAAAACUGAAAAAAAAAUUACCAAGAGCUAUUUCCAACCAUCAUGGCAAUGUUGAGAAUUUAUUUGAGUGAUUUAUUUACUUAUUUAUUUCUUUUUAUUUUUGUGCGAUUCAUAACAGUGAUGACUAGAUUCACCCUAAUUCCUUUCUCUGCUCAUUAUUCUGUAGCCACUAUUAUGUUGUUGGGAGGGAGGCACAAAAUUUAUGGGCAUCUCACACCAUGGGCAUUGCUGACACAUGCUUCACUAAUCAGGUCUUAUUGAUUGUAUCCUUGUGACUCUUCCCUUCUAUUAUCAGGGAGUUGACUUGAAGUGAUAUAGUUAUUCUGGGAUUUUUGAGAAAGACAUUUUAUAAAACUCCUUCAUCCAUAGAGUUAGUUAGAAGUUGAGGAAAUGGCAUUCACUUCCACUGGUUGUUUGCAUUUACUCUCAAUCUGAAGUCCUCCCAUAUGCUGAUUAUCUUACAGAAUCAGGUGAAUGCCAGGUACUUGGCAGGCAAAUGAAGCUUUAAGAGUGUGAAAGAACAUUGAAUACAGGGAUAAGGAAUGCAACAUAUUACAAAGUCUGAUUGUAACUUUACCUCCUUGUCUCGGCCUCAUGUUACUUGUUACUGACUCUUGAUAAGGCCAAGAAAAAACUAUUAUACUAUUCACAUGACUAGAAGCCUGUUAGCCACUAGAUCCUCAGUAACUGCCUGGCUUUAAAUGUCAGAAAUGGCCUUCAUGGUUUGGGAAGGUAACUUUGUAAGGGUCAUGAAACAGGAAAGAAAAAAGACAGCAUUCUCAUCAUGGUUCCUUACAACUUAUAGACAUCCUAAGUCUUACAUGUGUGUGAACCUUGGUGUGUCAUUUUGGUGCUUGUUUUUGUAGAGAUUUGAGUGACUAAUGCAAGCAGUUUGUAUUAAUGCAUCUUGUGAUCUGAUGUAUAUUAUUUGCUGUUGUGUCUCUUUUGCCUUUGUUUAUUUGCAUGAGAUUUGUAAAGUGUUGUGUAUUUGCAAGAUUUAUGUUAAUAAGGACCUUAGGUGUUAUGUCUUGUGUGUGUGUGUGUGUGUGUGUGUGUGUGUGUGUGUGUGUGUGUGUGUGUGUGUGUGUGUGUCCAGCUGGCCAUGAUCUACUCCUAGGCUUAUGAUUAUAAGGUGUGUCUCAUUAUUUAUCCCCAUCUUGGUGAUGAUCUUCUACAACUUGGUCUCAUUUUCUAUGUUAUUUGUUAAGUCUGUGAACAUUUAAGGUUUGUGUAGGAGAGACAGAGAGAAGCUUUACUGUGUGCUUAGCUAUGCAAUUGUACAAGGAAUGUAAAUAUUGUACUUAUUGGCUGAAUAUUUAUAAACUGUAUGACCCAGAUGAUUAUGUAAGGACCCCAAACAAAGAACUUCAUCAGCUGUAUUGAGCUAUUUUGUGUCUUUUCAGGUAUGGGGUCACUGAGAACUGAGAUGUAAUCAGGUCUGAUAGUUGGUUGUAUUUGUUGGUGUUGGUGGGUUGGUGGCCGAGGUUGUGAUGGAUUGUGUAUCAUAUGUCUCAACUACUUACAGCAGCCCAUCUUCCAAGUACAGUGAUAUACUCAUAUGAUUGUUAUCCUUACAAUUUGAGAACUUAUUUUCCAUUGAACAUGGGCUGCUGAUUUAACUUAUUUUCUAGUCACUAUAGUUCACUCUUGUGGUAAGCAUGUUGUCAAUAUUUAUCUUCUUUUCUCUGUAAUGUAUGUAUUCCCCUGUGGUAACACCAUCUAAGGGUACAGCCAGCAUGUGGGUUUAGAUUUUGGGGGUAGAGAACUUGGCUCCUUGAGGGACUCCCUUGUGUAUUUGGUGAGGUUAGGUGCAAAAACAAAAUUGUGUUUAUCUGGCAUUCCUUGAGGACACAGGGAUGCUAGUUUCAAGCAGCACCUGUCUCCUCUACCUUUACUCCACUGAAUACCUUUUGUCAUUGUCAUUCCUUAGUCAAUCCUGUACUGCUUGUAUCCUCAAAAAUCUCAUUCCUCUCCUAUUUACCUUUUUACAUUGUUGACGAUUAUCUUAAUGCCAUUCCUUGGUAUUGUUAGGAUGGAUGUCAGGUGAUUGUAUCAGCCAGCACCCAUACAUGUGCUGUAGGUCCUGCUGUGUUUUCUGCUGUUUAAUCACUGGCAGAGUUAUUGGCAUGCUAUUUUACUCAGUUAAAAACUGUUUAAUGAAUAGUUCUAAAUGAUAUUGCAGAAUUUUACUGGUAUAGUCUUGACUCAGCUCAGCCUAGUCAUGGUAAUAUACAUGAUAUUACAGUUUUAAGAGUCAGUAUAAAGCCUUUCAGUAGCACAUUGAGUGUCACCCUGUAUUCAUCAUGCAGUGAUCAGUGUCUCCUUAUGUAGGAAACUUUGACAUCAGUAGACAUGUAGACCGAAAACCUCAGCCCAUCGCAGGGCUUACAAGGUCUUCCAAGUGAAUGUAAUGUGCAUGAAUGUAAGUUAAAGGUAGAGGUAACAACACAUGUUUGUAUGCUGAAGAGAGAAUCCAGUCAUGGUUUGGCUGGAAGAGUUUUGUAGCACUAGACUUUAUCAAACAAAGCAGGGAUUCCCAGCCCUUGUUCCCUCAGAGAAACCCAGAGCCAUACCCAGAGCUUGUAAGUCAUGAAGGAGUCCAGUACAGUGUAAGUUGCAAUUUGUUAGAUUUGAGUUUCAUUGAGUGUAGAACUUGUAAUCAGCAAUGUCAUUCAUUUACAUGGCAGGAGGGCGACAUGGGCCUCCAGUGUACUGUAAUGGGCCCUGAUGGUGGCUGCUGGGUGUGCCCUGGGGAAUGUACCUACUCUGUAAUGACAAGUGGCAUGGAAAUGUGUUCUCUGGCAAGGACAUCAAUGAUCUAUCUGAACGCCUUGCUCUCUGGUACUGGCUGCCUCUGUAUGCCAGUAACAGGGCAGACAUUAGUGCUGCAAGUGACACCCUAACAUCACUCAUCAAAGAUUGAUGAUAGAGGUCACCAGGAUCAUUGGAGGAAGAAUUUGCCCUUGUGUCUUAUGUAUAAUAAAUAGGUAUAUAAGAGGAGUGGUGAUGAGGCAUACAAACCAAGGAUGACAAACAGACAGACAGACAGAUGUAGUAGGUAGUCUUUACACCUUAAUACAGACAACAGUGUAUUAGUGGAGUCUUAUGUAUUAUCCACUUGUAGUGAGGUGUUCUGAAUCUCUUGGCUUGAAAUAAAAAAAAAAAAUGAAAGCAA